UCGAAAUUGGUCGUUUCGUUUUUCGAAAUAGGGCUCUACGAAAUAUGUUGUCCCGAAUUCCUUUCAAGAUUGUCGAAUUAAGGGUCUAGGUAACUCAUCGUUUGUGUCAGCCCGAGGUUUGAAGUUUGGGAGAAGAAAUCAGUAUGGAAUCUUCAGUGAUUAGUCCUGAAGAUGUUAUGGAAUCAUUGAUGAAUGAUGGUACCAUUGAUGCUAUGAGAAUGAAGAUAAUAACUCAAUUAAAAGCUAAUGAGGAACUGAAGAAUAACACGCUUGAAAUGGUGGGGAAGAGUGCGGUUCUUAAUACACCUGGUGCUGAAAAGAAAACAAAGAGAGAGCUGUUUGAUGCGCUUCGGCAGGAACUUGAAGCUCCUGUGCUUGAGGAGGCUUCUAAAUUUGUGUGGGAGUUGAUUCUGGACGAUAAUGGCUUAGGAAAAGAAAUAACUGAAACUGUCGAGAAAGUUUUCUGCCGAUUAAGUGGGCGUGAACCUCCAUUGUAUCCUCCACCCGAGAACGAGAAAGAGGACUUGGAGAACGAAAACGAGAAUGUGACCUCGUCGAAGACGAAGAAGAAGAAGAAGAGGAGCUUCAGUGAUAUGAAAGAGAAAGGAGGACUUAUCAAUGGAGGUGGUGGUUCUCCAGCCAUACCGGGGGCUUCUGUGCUGCAAAGUCGGAAAAAAUUUAAAGAGCGUGAGAACUACUUGGAAUCUGGAACCAGGAGGUGUAGCAGAACAGAUGGAAAGAGCUGGCAAUGUUUCAAGAUGGCUGUUCCAGAUCAAAAGUAUUGUGAGAAUCACAUGAGUAGAAGAAAUAAGCAAUUAAAAAAGAAUGCAGAAACCACAACCUCGGCAACUAAAAAAUCAGUGAAAUCAAAAAAGCGUGCGAAAGCCACAUCCGUAGCAAUUAGUAAAUCAUCCGCCGAUAUUAAGGAAUCAAAUGCCGGCACAGCCUCUAUGCUCCCCAGCGAAGUACCGCGAACCCAGAAAAAAUCUGAGGAGAAUGAGAAAGGCUUGGAACCUGUAACCAGGAGGUGUAAAAUAACAGAUGGAAAGAACUGGCAGUGUUACGAGAUGGCUGUUCCAGAACGAAAGUAUUGCCAGAAACACCUAAGUAGAGGAACCCGUAUAAAAAAAGUAGCAGAAACCACGCCAUCUUCAACUAAAAAACCAAUCAAAUCAAAGAAGCGUGCGAAAGCUGCACCCUUAGCAACUGCUAAAUUAUCAGUCGAUAUAAAGCAAUUAAAUAUCGACACAAUCUCGAUGCAACCCAAUGACGGUAAUGAUGAUGUUUCUCCAAUGUUAAGUUCUUCUCCUAAAAUUACUUGCCUAAGUAGUACCCCUGUAGAGCAGAAUCCGGAAUAUGACGAUGUAGAAUUAUGAUGAGGUGUCUUUAUCGCCUGUCCAAAUCUUACAAAGUGACCAACUUAUUAGGAGUCCUUGUAACCUGACUGCUUUCAUUUUUCCUCGUCACCUGUCAUAUGUAUCACAUGUAUUUUGGUUGAAUGAAAACCUUACCAGUUA